AUGGCCCACGAUGGAUCGAGUCGGAGUCUUCCGAGCACCACGCCAUGCCUGAGCUACUGGCAGCGCACCACGCGCGCCUUUCCACAUCUCUUCGCCAAUCGCAACUCCACGGUCCCUGAGAAAAGCAAAUACGUGAUUAUUGGCUCCGGGAUUUCCGGCGGUCUCACGGCAUUCGAGCUACUCGAGACCGGCGUCGAAGCCGAGGACCUGAUAAUCUUGGAGGCGCGCGAAGCGGCCAGUGGAGCGAGUUCUCGGAAUGCGGGCCAUGUCCGUCCAGAUGCAUUCCGCGGUUUUAGUGCCUACGCCAAGGUCCAUGGUACGGAGCAAGCACUCAAGAUUAUCGAGAACGAGCGUCUGGUCCUCCAGAAAGUCGACGAAUUCGUGAAAAACCACAACGUACAAUGCGAUUUCAAUUUGACUACCACAUUCGACGUGUGCAUGACCCCCGAGUUCGCGAAAUAUGAAGCAGAUAGUUUCGAGGCAUAUCGGCAAGCAGGCGGCGAUACCUCCCACAUCAAAUACUACUUAGGCAAAGAGGCGCAGGAGCGGACGAGAGUUCCUGGUGCCGUCGCAGCAUACGAGUGGCCCGGAGGGUCCAGCCAUCCGGCUAAGCUGGCCCAGUUUCUUCUGCAAUCGGUGAUACAAAAGGGAGCUAGGCUGUUCACCUUUUGUCCCGCAACCGAGGUGAAGCAGAAUGAGACGUCGCCGACCGCUUGGGAUGUCCAUACACCCCGUGGAACCGUGACAGCAGAGACCAUUAUCCACUGUACCAACGCACACGCAGCUCUGCUCCUCCCACAACUCGAGUCCUACAUUCGCCCAAACCGUGCUCAGGCUCAUUCUAUAGUUCCGACGCCUGCUCUCGCGGCCGAAAACGCACUUCAAAGCACACUCUCCCUACGAUACAGUCUCUAUCACUUUUAUUCUUUGAUCCAGCGGAAAGAUGACGGGACAUUGGUGCUGGGUGUUUCACGAACCAAUCCCACCCUCUCAGAGGAGACAUUGGCUAGUCGAUUCAGCACCGACGAUACUCGAUACAACGAGGAGAUUGCCCAGGACGCCGUGCGCAACUUUGGAGACUUGUUCCCUUCCUAUAGUUCCGAGGGAUCGGCCCAUGGUGAGGGCGUUGACCAUGCUUGGACUGGAAUUAUCGCCAUGACUACCGACUCGGUCCCCUUUGUUGGCGCAAUCGACUCGCUUCCGGGGCAAUACAUCUGUGCCGGGUUUAAUGGACACGGAAUGGCACGUAUAUUCACAUGCGCCCCGGCCGUGGCAAAGCUGGUAGGUCAGAGGCAGUGGAAAGAUACUGGAUUGCCGGAGUGCUUCCAGUUCAGCCCCGAGAGGCUAUCGCGACUGUCUGCGGGUGACCUACCCUCUAUCUGGUAA